GGUACCUUUUGGUUACAUGAUGAAGACAUAUUUAUACAGUGUUAUGGCUGUUUGGAUUUUCCUAACUGUAAACAUAUGCAUACAUUCUGCUGUUACGAGUCGUAAAUCAGGUUCUUACAAGACAACAUUGGUAUCCGCACGACGCUGUGUGAAGCCAAAAUCUUCAUACGGAAAUGAACGCACUGCAAUUGCAUACAUGGAAAUGUACAAUACCACUAAAGUAAUCAAUUUAUUAAGAGGAAACAUUACUGUAAUGAAGGAAGCUAAGAAUAUAAAGGCAAAAGCUAAAUAUUUCAGAUGGGAAAACGACAAGUGGAAAACUAACUUGGUACUGCGCCACGACGCAUGUGGCGGCAUCUUCAUUCACAUUUUAAUUGCUGCUUUAGGUGUGCCAUACAACUCAAAGAAAUGCUCUGUGCCAGUUGGUACUUAUGUCUUCAAAGAGUUGGAUGCCAAUAAAGUGGCGCAUAUGUGGACACCUUCAAAGGAAUACGGGAGAGCGUUGUGGAGGAUCGAAGCGUUCAGCGAUGGUAGCCUGAUAGAUUGCUGGGAAUUUGUCGAAUUUGCUGAACCAAUCUAAAUUUUAUCUGCACUCUAAUAAGGUUCAAAAGAAAAUAAUUAAAGUGUGACAAUAUAUAAUACUAUUUUAUUAUGUAAGAAAUAUCAUACAUCCCAUCUUUUUUUG